CUUCAUUACGCACCCUGUACGCAUUCUGUAAAAUGGAAAUAUUUACAUUCGGGGCAUGCAAAUCAUACUAUUACUAAUAACUAGAGUAGCUGCCAGUAUUGCUUCAGUAUAUAAUCUGGUUUGCAGGACUCUGCAGACUGGUCUCCUUCACAUGUGCAGGAACAGUCAGAAAGCAGAAAGCUCCAGGUGGCUCUCAAGUACUUCGCUGCCAAAAAAGCCCACGCUGGAAAGCAAGUCCAAAGGGGCUCCCUAGAGGGAGUUGGGUUUAGCCCGGAAGAGAGUGAGAUUAGUAAAGCAUGACUAUACAACCCAUGCUGGUGGCCGGCUUUCAGAGGAAAGAGGAACAGUAACGGCAAUUAGCAAGACUGAAAGCUCCAGAAGGCUUACAAUCAGUGAUCUGCAUAGUUCCCUCAGAAGGAAUUUUCUUCCAGUGCAUGGUUUCAGAUGUCCACUGCUGCCUGAUCCAUUACAGGCCGUCCACUGCGGUAAGCACAUCCCACCUCAGUGUGGUAAUCACUGACAUUUUUCACCAGGUUUUGACCUGUUUACUGCAAGCUGAAUAACUUCUGUCUCUUCAAAGCCACCAGCUUCCUUUGAGCUGUCGGGUAUCUUCAACAGAUUCAAACCUUUGCGUGUCAUUGCCAAGAGAACGUGGGAUCACUGCAGUACAUUGUACACCUUUGUGGAGUUAUGUUAUCAAACGGUUCUCGGAAAAGGACAUUGACAAAAAAAAUCUUUAUGUGACCUAACAAAGACUAUAUACUGAAGAAAUAUUUGAGGAGCUCAGUAAUUGUGCAAACGUGGAAGGUGGCAAAAGAGAUCCCACACAGGAGAUGAUUCAUCACCUGAGCUAUGGAUGUUGAUGAACUUCAUUCAAAGGAUAACAGAGGUCAGACAGAAAAGACCAGCCACAGACUCUCGACCUACCACAUAAGUGUCCUUGGCAUUCCAGUAUGUUUCUUUUUAUGAGAUUAUUUCUAGUGCCAAGAGCUUCAGUACAAUGUGGAAAUGGAUACUGACAAAGGGUGCCUCAGCCUUUACAUACCUGGCUUAUGUCCUUCUCCUGUUCCUCAUCUGUUCUUCGUCUGUUGCUUGCAAUGACAUCAGCAGAGAUAUGUUGUCUCCAAAUAUUACAAGGUCUUCAUCCAGCCUGGGAAGGCAUGUGCGCAGCUACAAAUACCUGGAAGGAGACGUGCGGUGGAGGAAACUUUUCUCUUUCACCAAAUACUUUCUCAAGAUCGACAGGAAUGGCAAGGUCGGUGGAACAAAGAAGGAAAACUGCCCUUUCAGUAUACUGAAAAUUACAUCUGUGGAAGUUGGAGUUGUGGCUAUUAAAGCAAUUAACAGCAAUUAUUAUUUGGCCAUGAACAAGAGAGGAAAGAUCUAUGGCUCAAAAGAUUUCAAUAAUGACUGCAAACUGAAAGAAAGAAUAGAAGAGAAUGGUUACAACACCUAUGCUUCCAUGAAGUGGAAGCACAAUGAACGACAAAUGUUUGUGGCUUUAAAUGGAAAAGGGUCUCCACGGAGAGGGCACAAAACAAGACGGAAACAUCCUUCAGCCCAUUUUCUACCAAUAGUGGUGAGGCAGGAUAUCUCUCUAAUAUCGGAAUAGAAUCAGUGAAGACACGCUUUCACAGUAACGAGUGUUGGUAUUAAUUCAACACUGCAUUUCAUUCCAAGCAUGGCAACACUCUAUUAGAUGUGGAAGUCUUAAUAAUGAACAUUAGCAGCGCUCAGGCAGUAAACUCACAGACAUCUGCUUGUAAAACUUCGAACAAGCCUUUGAUAUUCAAAUUAUUUUUCUGGCAUAAGGAGUUCCCAUGCCAGUAAAGAUUGAAGCAAUUGGAGAGAAUACAGCCGGCAAUGGCAAAAUAUCUUGUGAUGUAUCCUGAUGCACGAGAUGCAAUGCAGUUGUACAAUGUUGUAUGAUCUUUGUGAGAAGAUGUUAUUUAUGGAGUACUAACCCAUAUCAAAUACAUUAUGUUCAUUCAAGCCUGAUUAUCAAAUGAGUGGCUAAACAUGCAAAUGUUUAUCUGGAAGCACUUUGGGUCAGACACAAAGCAAGUAUUUUCUAUAACUACACUUCACAACAAUAGACAGGCUCGAAAAGUAUAUAUAAAUGCACGAAAUGUAAAGCUGCUCUAACAAAAUGAGUCUUUAGUUGCUCUUCAAAUGAUUAAUUCUAAAUGUAAUUUUUAAAGCAUGCUUAUAUUACAGAAACAGCAAGAUUCCACAAAGUAAAUUAUUGUAAAGUUAGCUUGAUACUGAUCCUUAAUUGAAAAUUAUCUCGAAAAUAAAUGCUUAUGUUUGUCAUUAAAGUAGCAAUAAUAUCACAGCACAGCUAUUUAACUUUCUGAAAAUGGCCCCAACUAUUUUGUUGAAGAAUAGAUUCAUUUUGGUAGAGCAAGUCAAAAAUAGUAACUGUAUCCAUCCCUUUCUCAUUGUAACACACUAUGUAAGUUGCAUUAAGCCUCUUUGGCAGUGUGAGUAGAUAAGUACAAGUAGUCGUCAAAUGUAUUUUGUUCUAAAUACUUGUAAAAGAUAUUUCUAUUAAGAUGAAUAUUGAUGCUGCAUUCCCUUCAUACUUUGUUAUUGUAAAGUGGUUUGUUUAUUUUUGUUGUUUGGGAAUAGUAUAUUUUGGUACGAAGAAGAGUUUUUGACAAGUCAGACAGUAGAUAUGUUCUAGAAUUUAACCCUGUGUUGCUGGCGUCCCAUGAUUAUUUAACUUGUCUCCUCCAAGGCAAUUCUAGCCAGUGUGUCAGAUGUUUAAUCUGUUGUUUGCUUGAAUUGCUCUACAAAAGAUGUUUUCUACAUCACAUAGUGGGAAACAAUCAUUUGAUCACCUUCCCAGUUUCUUUAAUAAAGUUAUUGUCUCGUACACAUAGGACAAUACAUUUUAGCUAAACUUUGUAUUUCUGUUCAAAGAAUUGAAACUUGAACAGAAUUGUUACCCAAUUUUUCACAUUCCGUGUGGGAACUGGUUUUAUUUUCUUCGCAGUUUUCUCCUCUUUCCCUUACAGAUUACACAGAGAACAUGGUUCUGCAGGAACUGUCAAUGCUUCAACACAUCCCCUGAGUAAUAUAUCUGAGCCUAAAUUCUUGGUUGUUCAGUUAGUCAAUAUGCAGUAAUCAUCACAGACAAAUAUCAUUUGCUUUUGACCGACAAUUUCAUUCACAUAUUUUCUGAUUAGAUCACCGGAUUGCCGUUGAGAAGAUUGAUGAAAUUUUAUCGUCUGCAUUCUAGGAAUGUACAAGCCAGUUUGAUAACCUUCAUUGGUUCCAGCAAGAGAUAUCCUAAUUUAGUGCAUAUCGUUGUAGUAAACCUAAAUACUUCUUUUCUUGUUUUGCCUCACCAUCAAAUCAUAUUUGUGCACCAGCUGACUAGGUCCUCAGAGCAGCUCAUAAACUCUUAGAUGUUUAUAGCACAGAAGCAGGCCAGUCAGCCCAUUGUGGCUGCACCAGUCAACAAAGGUCUGACUAUACAAAUUGCAUUUUCCAGCUUCUGGCCCACAACCCUGGAGGUUAUGGAAACUCAAGUGAAUACUGCAAUAGAGGUCAUUGAGUAUACUUAAGACAGAGAUAGAUAGGUUCUUGAUUGUUAAGGGGAUCAAAGGUUAUGGUGAGAAGGUGGGAAAAUGGGGUUGAGA